AUGGAUGAAUUGAAUGAGAGUCUGGGGCGAAACGCGAAGGAGCGUAUGACCGACGUCACUCUCGACUAUUUCCGACGCGAGCUCAAGAAACCAGACAUUGGACUAGGGUCCACGGUUUUUCCAGAACCCAACGAAAGCGAUAAGGAUGUAUUCAAUGCGCAGAUUUUGUUUAAUAAAUUGGCUGUCAAAGUUUUUCUUUCCCAUAAUUGGAAGUCGUUUGCAACAAUUUCUCCGGAUAUAAUACCACCCGAUUUUAUUGAAGUCAUCGCCGACGCCCAUGUCAUGCACACAAUCAAGUACCCGAUAUACAAAGAUCAAUCGGAAAGGGUUCACCUUGUCGAAACGACACAGGAAUUUAUCGAUCUCACAUGGCAACUCAUUGUGAAAGUGUGUUUGCCUCGGUUUGAAACUAGUGUACAUGUGUCUCCCGAUGAUCUCUCCUCUGCCAGCGUAAGAAAAUGGCUUUCAUCGGCACCCUUUCUGCAACAAUUGGCUGCACCAGGAACCAACGAUAUUGAGUAUUUCUUGGAUCCGGGCAGUCGCACAAAUCAAGAGUUGUUCGAGGUAGGGAAAAAUCUAGAGGCUCGGUACCCACGCAUGUCGAUCAAAAUGCACACUGGUAAGCCAGAGGUAAGAGAGUUUGACGACGGUAGACGUGAUUUAGCUAUGCUCGCCACACUUGGCAAGGAUGUUUCGUGGGCGACGACAUGGGAUAUAGUAUCCAGCAUACUGAAGGCUAACGGUAUUUUCAUAUACGCGGAGAUAUACCAUGAUUCGUCCACCCCGUUUCGGUUUCAGUACGCAUUGAAGGACGGCGUGGAAUUGGAAUAUACCCCGGAAGACAUUGAGAAGAUAAAUGAAUUUAUGAGUGUGGUUCUUGAAGACGUGAGAUCAAACAAAAACCUGGACUCAUUGGUUGGGCUAGUGCGUGAUGCUACCUUUAGCACUACCGCAGUGAUUUACACUGUAAAAGACUACACCUCAAGAGUAGAAAUCGACAACAUAGAAUUUAUUCUUGGGCGGGAGUCGGGAAAUAAAGUUGCCAUGGUACUCAGCCCGGAUUUGCUCAUUGAAAAAGCCAGUAGAGGACACCUCCAUUUUGUCGGUGAUGACUCGAUUGAUGUCUCGUACCUGGGUGAUGCACCGGCCUCUGUUGUGGAGACGCAUGAAAACGUGCAGCGGGAAACGGAAGACCUUGCGAACCUCGGCAAAGUUGUCGAUUUCAAGGAAUCACCCGAAUCGGUUAUUCAGAAGAAUGGCGUCGAUUUGUGUCACGUUGUAUUCGGGAACUCUGAUAAUUUAUUCCACCGUAAAAAUGUCACAAUAGCGGUUUUUGAAUCCCUAGCCACGACGAAGGGUAGUGGUUUGUUCGGUCGAAUAAGCGAUCUGUUCGCCGACCUGAUCAAUCACAGGGAACGCCUCGCCAGCGAGAAGGGUCAGAGCGCGCUGGACACUUUGUUGAAACAAUUGGAUACACUCCAUGGCAUACGACGGGAAUACACUGUAUGUUCCAGUGAAGAAGGCACUUGUCUGGCAACAGACACCAUCCAUACCACUACUCUACUCGCAAACACAGCUCUCGCACAUCUACACGAUCUGGCGACACCCAAACUAGCAUCUUCAAUCGAUGAAGUUGCAGGGGACAACGUAGAUGGGUGGAAAGCGUUCGAACAGGCUCGAGAUUCGAACGAUAGAAAUCGGAAUAAAAUGGCGAGGGCUGCUGUCACGUGUGCUGCAUUGAUAGUGGAGAACGGAACCUAUCCUGACAUUUUUCAUGCUUAUCAUGCGAGAAAGGCGCAGCAUGGUAGCUCCGAUCGGUUUCCUCUUGGGAUUGGGAGCUUUAUUUGGAAGUUCUUUAUGGAUGUUGGUGACUCGAUUAAAAGCUUCGCGGAUCGGAAAAGUUACUUUGAGAACUUUUCAAGGGUAAUUUUAAAGGAUCACGUUGAAGACGUGCAUGGUAUGCGAGUCGCAGACACCAUAAGGUUCGCCCACGAUGUCUCGCUUUGUAUGGAAGUUCAAGGUGGGAGAAGCAUCAUGGGCGCUGUACGGGGAGAGCGUUUCUUUUACAGACACGAGCAUGUUGUUAGUUGGCACCUCCUCAUGUACGCUGUGAUCUGUCUGAUCUGUAGAAUUAUAUUCAACUUCAUACCAGGACAUUACAACGGUACACAGAAAAAAUCCGUGGCGAACAUGUUACAUCUCCUUGUGGGUAUUUCGGGACUCACUAUGGUUCUGCCGUUGGAAGCCGUCCACUUGGUCGUAUGGGUUGGUGUCACAUAUGCUACAGAAUCCUUUUAUGGGGCUCUUUUAGCAAGUUCUGAAUUUCCCAAAAAGGUCGCGAGUUGGAUCAUGCGCCCAUUUAGUGGAAAAGAGAGCAAUGAAUAUGUGCCAUUGCCGGAUGACAUACGAUCCGCGAGAAAUGCUGCACGUACCACGGGGCACCCUGUCGAAAAUAAUUGGAAAAGUCGACCUGCGAGAAGAAGAAAUCCUAUUUCUAGAUUGGGUUCAACUUAG